UGGACACAGAGAACAUGGCGGCGCCCACGGCUUCGGGAGGACCGUCAACCUCCAGUCACACCGGGGUCCAAGGUUUCCCGUUCCCAGCGGCCGUCAGGGCCCCGGACACCCCCGAGAAGGGGCCGCCGCAGCCCGGGGGGUCGGGCAAGAAGCCGUGCAGGGCCUGUACGGACUUUAAAUCAUGGAUGAAGCUACAGAAAGACCAGACUCCUGCUGCACAGGAGACCCCAUCACAGACUCAGACGGACCCCCAGUGUCCUCUGGACAGGGAGGAGCUGGGCCGUAACACCUGGUCCUUCCUGCACACCAUGGCGGCGUAUUACCCCGACCAGCCGUCCCCCAGCCAGCAGCAGGAGAUGGGACAGUUCAUCCACCUGUUCUCCAAGUUCUUCCCCUGUGAGGAGUGUGCAGAGGACCUCAGGGGCAGACUAAAAACCACCCGGCCGAACACCAGCAGCCGUCACGCUCUCUCUCAGUGGCUCUGCCGGCUUCACAACGACAUCAACAUCCGUCUGGGGAAGCCAGAGUUCGACUGCUCGCGGGUGGAUGAGAGGUGGAGGGACGGAUGGAGAGACGGAUCCUGCGACUGAGGGACGAGAAGAUUCCUCCUGUCGUCCUGUGUAGAAAGAUGAAAGUCUGAUCCGGUUUUGUUACGAUCGCUGAUAAAAGGAAAGAGGAAUAAAAGUGUUCCUCUGAAACAGUGCAGAGUUUUAAACUGUUCAUUUAGUUGAUGUUGUUUCUUUGCUGUGUUUUGAUGUAUGAAUCUCUGCAAAAUGUUUUUCUCUUAUAAUUCUGAUUAAUUCUGUGAAUAAUUCAUGCUGAUAAAUGUUUAUAUGAAGAUGACUGCAGAUGUGUGCGCUUGGUGUGGGAAUGUAUUUAAAUUAUUCAUUGAUGAAAGUUCAAAUGAUGUUGUCUUCUAAUUACUGACAAAACUUGUUGAUUAUCCAGUUGUUAAAUGACACUUUAUACAAUAAUCAGGUAAUAGAUCAGUGGACUAUAGAAAAUCAUUUAUAUUCUCAUUAAGUUUUUGUGAAGGUGGAGACACAGACAUUAAACCUGUUUGAUUAAUUGA